AUGACGGCGGAGAGCGGGCCGCCACCGCCGCCGCCACCGCAGCCGGAGGCGCUGGCGGCCGUGAAGGAGGAGCGCGGUGAGGCGGGGGCCGGGGUCCCGGCAGAGGCCGCGGGUCGCGGCGCUGGCGGGCGGCGGCGGAAGCGCCCCCUGCAGCGUGGGAAGCCGCCCUACAGCUAUAUUGCGCUCAUUGCCAUGGCCAUCGCGCACGCACCGGAGCGCCGCCUCACGCUGGGCGGCAUCUACAAGUUCAUCACCGAGCGUUUCCCCUUCUACCGCGACAACCCCAAAAAGUGGCAGAACAGCAUCCGCCACAACCUCACACUCAACGACUGCUUCCUCAAGAUCCCGCGCGAGGCCGGCCGCCCGGGCAAGGGCAACUACUGGGCACUCGACCCCAACGCCGAGGACAUGUUCGAGAGCGGCAGCUUCCUGCGCCGCCGCAAGCGCUUCAAGCGCUCUGACCUCUCCACUUACCCGGCUUACAUGCACGACGCGGCCGCCGCUGCUGCUGCUGCCGCCGCCGCCGCCGCUGCCGCCAUCUUCCCGGGCGGGGUGCCCGCUGCGCGCCCGCCUUACCCGGGCGCUGUCUAUGCAGGUUAUGCCCCAACGUCGCUCGCCGCGCCGCCCCCGGUCUACUACCCGGCUGCGUCCCCAGGCCCGUGCCGCGUCUUCGGCCUGGUGCCUGAGAGGCCGCUCAGCCCAGAACUGGGCCCCGCGCCGUCAGGGCCCUCCGGUUCCUGCGCCUUUGCCUCGGCCGGCGCUUCUGCCACUACCACCGCUUACCAGUCCUCCGGCUGCGCCGUCGCCAGACCUGCCAACACUUCCGCCUAUGCGGCCGCCUACGCGGGCGCAGACGGCGCGUACUCGCAAGGGGCCGGCAGCGCCCUCUUCGCAGCGGCUGGCCGGUUGGCCGGGCCCGCUUCGCCCCCCGCGGGUGGCAGCAGUGGCGGCGUCGAGACUGCAGUGGACUUCUACGGGCGCACAUCGCCCGGUCAGUUCGGAGCACUGGGCCCCUGCUACAAUCCUGGUGGGCAGCUCGGAGGGGGCAAUGGAGGCGCCUACCACGCUCGCCAUGCGGCUGCCUAUCCAGGCGGAGCGGAUCGGUUUGUGUCCGCCAUGUGAGCUGAGCAUACAGGCGAAAAUUCAUAGAUACCUCGACUGUCUUUACGAACUAAGUAUUCAUGAAACCUGAGGACAGGACUGGAGAGAGGAUCGAGUUGAAAGCCACAUGGGAGGGACCGAGCCGGAGGUUCAGGCGCAGCCUCCCGGUGCACCGUGUAGACACCGGUUCGCUUUGAAAAUGUGAGGAGGUGGGGAGAGGCAUCCUCGGUCCACGGACAGAGACAAUGGACCCUCACUGAGGCGAAGCUCCAAAGGUCGUGCCUUUCUGACAUUCUACCGGGGAGGGUCCUUGGCUCUAAAGGAGGCACAACGUAGUGUCUACACCAGAGUCUCAGGGAAUUGUGGAGAAUUACAUGACUUCAUUCUUCCCCGUACUUACCAAAACUCGGGUCUUUUUACACAGUUCCAUCUCUUGUGCCUUUGACUACGUUAUUACAAUAAAAGGCUCCGUCCGAUAGUGUCUUCCUAGUUGAGGAGGACAAAUUUGCAAAAUAAGUAACAUUUUUUUUAAUGGGAAAGAUCUCUGCUUCGCUUGACCAGGGGCUG